AUGGAACCGGAAGAACCCUUUAUAGGCUACUGUCCCGAGGGCUACGCCUGCCACAACGAGAACGGCCAAACCUGCAUCUCGAUUGCUCGCGCCACCACCAUUUCAACAUAUCAGUGCGAGAGCGGAACCCAGAUCAAUCUCGCUCCGAUGACUCUCCCCUACCAGAACUGGUCUCAGGCGUAUAUCUACGCGCCAAUGAUCCAGCUCGCGUGGAAGCCCUCAGACCUUCCCUCAUCAGACAUUUCCUCAGACCUGGGACCGACCACCACAUCAACCCCUAAGGAGCCUUCCAGCGGCGGGAUCUCGACUGGAGCGAUAGCGGGUAUUGCGGUUGGUGCUGCUGCAGUGAUAAUUGGCAUCGUGGUGGGCGCCUUUUUGCUUUGGCGGACGAAGCGCCGUGGAUUAGCCCGGGACGGACCCUACGCACAAGCUGAACUACCUGCCACUGAGGCAGGAACACCUCCACCCGGAUACCCUGCCUCCGGGCCGCCUGGCGAGAAACAUUACUAUUCCGGUCAGCCCGAGUAA